AUGGACUUGUCGCUGCGCUGCAACUCGCUCAAAUGUCGCCAGCGUUUGGCAGACAGAGCUGUUGUUACAACUUGCAGUCACAUCUUCUGUGUGCCGUGCUCGGAUGCCCUCGGUCUUUCAAGUUCGGCUAAUGGCAUUCGCAUGUGUCCUGCCUGCGAUGCCCAACUCGCGAAUCCAGACGACGCUGUGGUCACGCAACUCAACCCGACUGAAGACUACAAAACGAGUGUCCUUAGCGGUCUCAGCCCGACCAUCAUCAUGGAGUGCUGUAGUCGUGGUAUAUCGUUCUACCAGUACCAGGUGACGCAGGAGAUCAUGUAUCACGAUUACAUGGCCAAGAAUCUAGCGGACAGAUAUGCGAACCUCAACUCUCAGAUGGACAACGUCAUCAAAGACGCAAACUCGGAGAUCAGCGGUCUGAGAGACAAGCUGGAACGUGGGUUUGCCAAUGGUCUCAAAACAAGCUGCAAUCACUGA